AUGGGCGUCUCCGCACCACAUCCUUCUCAGCGACGCUUCUCGUGUGACGUCUGCAGGAAGAGCAAAUCACGAUGUCAACGGAUAAAACCUACCGAUGAGAAAUGUGCGCGAUGUUCGAUGCUGGGAGUCAAGUGCGAGAUUGGACAGCAAAAGGUUCCAGGCCGGCCGCGACGAAAACAACCUGGGAAAGACUCACCACCGACUGUUCAGCAUCUGCCUGUCAGUAAACCAGUGUCUCCUAAUGCUCUGUCACAAAACGCUACGCUCAUGGAUGAUUGGAGUCCGUUUGACUGGACGGGCAUGUUGUCCCCGAAACAGUCCCCUCCUCAAAUGCCUGCUGCCGCGAUACAAGACGGAAUUGCAGCAUCGUGGGGAAUUGGAUUCACAGAUAUUUUUGACCAGUCAAGCACGUCUUGGAAUACAGGCGGUGAUCUCGAAUACGCAAAUACUCCUUUAUACACCGACCUAGACACCAUCACGAACUUAUACCCAAUCAGCUCUCCGAACUCUACCAUCACAUACGAAACCUUCUUCCCCUUGACCAACUGCCUCACAACACAUCACCCACGAAAAGCUGACCCUGGAGCCUUCAUGGCCGACCUAUCCACAAUAAACCUCGGUCUACACGUUCGCAUCGAAGCAAUGAAGAAGGCCAAAGCAUCGCUCGACUUUGAUCUCAUGAUCUAUCAACAUGGCCCGUUAUUUAUCGACGGCAUCACAUUAGCAGAAUACAUCAUCAAAGUCGCUCAAGAGUUUCUGUACAUCUUGACGAAGCUCUACAACACCCGACACUGCCCAGAGCUCUUAUGUGAUUCGCAGCCGAUGGAGUUAAUCUGCCCAUGCCAUCUGUCUUCGGAACUUAAGAAGUCAAGGAAUUUAUUCGACGUCUCACUUCCUAGGCCCACUGUUACCUCAGAGCCAUUACCUACCCCAAUAGCAUUGAUGAUCACGAGUAUCUUCAUCCAGCUUAUCACUAUUUACGAGCUUAUCCUCGAUAACAUCGCUACACGAGUCGAGCGAAUUGCCACCGAUCCGAUCGAGCCCGUCCCGGGUCUUAUAGUCUGUGGCCGACCACUUGAGAGACCUUGCACACAGGGCAUGAUCUUCUGUGAAGUGUCAGUUAGUCUGAUAGAGAAUAUUGAGCGUGUUCUGGGUGUUGGGAGAGGACUAGAUGGUAAGGAAGUCGGUCUGUUGUCGCUCAGGCAGGUCGAUGUUCUUGGGAAGGAGUUGGAUGAAAGGCCUCGCGUCAUUCCUGAUCAUGCUAUGAUGACGCCUGCUAUGUUACGGAAGCUCCUUGGAAAGGUUGCAGAUAUCUUUAGAAGUAUCAGAGCCUAG